AUGACAACCUUGAGAAUUGUAUUGGCCUUAGCUGCGGCCAAGCAGUGGCACAUCAAGCAGUUAGAAGUUAACACCGCUUUCCUUCACGGCGAUUUGAAUGAGGAAGUAUACAUGAAACUUCCUCCUGGGCUCGAUCAUCUGGCUGUACGAUCAGAUUCAGUUUGUAAACUUCAAAAAUCUCUUUAUGGCUUGAGACAAGCAAGUCGAAAAUGGAACUUAAAGUUGACUGAAACUCUCACCACUGCGGGCUUCACCAAAUCUGAAUCAGAUCACUCUUUAUAUACGAAAAUCACUUCUCAGGGGGUUACUAUCAUUAUGGUUUAUGUUGAUGACCUGGUUUUGACUGGUGACGACUUGGAUGAAAUUGAGAGAAUCAAAAAGUUACUUGAUCUACGGUUUAAAAUUAAAGAUUUGGGUGAUUUAAAGUAUUUCUUAGGAAUGGAAGUGGCCAGAUCUUCCAAAGGAAUUCACAUCUGUCAGAGAAAAUAUGCGCUUGACAUCCUCAAAGAUUUUGGGUACUUAGAUUGCAAACCUGUUAGCACGCCUAUGGAUUACACUUGUGCUUCCAAAUUGUCACGAGAUAGUGGCACUUCUCUAGCUGAUCGCACUCCUUACCGGCAGCUCGUUGGAAGACUAUUAUACCUAACCAAUACACGGCCAGACAUUGCCUAUGCUAUGGGGCAACUUAGUCAGUUCAUUGAUUGCCCAACUGAUGAGCACAUGCGGGCAGCUUUUCGUGUGUUAAAAUACUUAAAAGGAUGCCCAUCCGUUGGUGUUUUCUUUUCAGCAGACAACGACCUCAAGCUCACUGGUUUUGCCGAUGCCGAUUGGGCAACAUGUGCAGAUACUCGAAAGUCUAUCACUGGCCACUGCUUCUAUCUUGGGAGUUCCUUAAUUAGUUGGAAGAGUAAGAAACAAAGCACCGUCGCUAGAUCCUCAUCCGAGGCAGAAUAUCGAGCCUUGGCAUUGGCUACUUGCCAAACUCAAUGGCUGUCUUUCAUCAUGCAUGACCUUGGAUUGCCCCUAACGGAGCCCAUUACUCUCGUUUGUGACAAUAGAUCCGCCAUUCACAUUGCCACUAAUUCUAUUUUUCAUGAACGCACAAAGCAUAUCGAGGUGGAUUGCCACACCGCUCGGAAUCAGCACCUUUCUGGCCUCACUCACUUGAUGCCAGUCUCCUCGUCCAAUCAGCUUGCAGAUUUUGUGACAAAAGCUUUGGCACCAGGUCCUUUUGCGAUUAACCUUUCCAAACUAGGACUUCUAAACAUUUACAGUCCUAUUUUGCGGGAGGGUGUAAGUUGA